GACAGCCAGCAGCAUCAGUGAUGAAUGUGAACCAGGGCACGGUGGGCAGCGACCCGGUCAUUCUGGCCACAGCUGGAUACGACCACACUGUUCGCUUCUGGCAGGCCCACAGCGGCAUCUGUACCAGGACGGUCCAGCACCAGGACUCUCAAGUAAAUUCUCUUGAGGUGACGCCUGACAGGAGUAUGAUUGCAGCAGCAGGUUAUCAGCACAUCCGCAUGUACGACCUGAAUUCCAACAACCCCAACCCGGUGAUAAACUACGACGGUGUGAGCAAGAACAUCACGUCUGUGGGUUUCCAUGAGGACGGACGCUGGAUGUACACGGGAGGAGAGGACUGCAUGGCUCGCAUUUGGGACCUUAGGUCAAGAAAUCUACAGUGUCAGAGGAUAUUCCAGGUCAACGCUCCAAUCAACUGCGUGUGCCUGCAUCCGAAUCAGGCAGAGCUGAUUGUUGGCGAUCAGAGUGGAGUGAUUCAUAUCUGGGAUCUGAAGACGGACCACAACGAGCAGCUGAUUCCUGAACCUGAGGUCUCCAUUAACUCGGUUCACAUCGACCCGGAUGCCAGUUACAUGGCAGCAGUGAACAGCUCGGGAAACUGUUAUGUGUGGAACCUCGCUGGAGGUGCAGGAGACGAGGUGACUCAACUCAUCCCCAAGACGAAGAUCCCGGCACACAAACGCUACGCCCUCCGAUGCAAGUUCAGCCCUGAUUCCACUCUGUUAGCAACCUGCUCAGCAGACCAGACCUGUAAGAUCUGGAGGACGUCUAACUUCUCCCUGAUGACCGAGCUGAGCAUCAAGAGCAACAAUCCCGGGGAGACGUCCCGAGGCUGGAUGUGGGACUGCGCCUUCUCUGGAGACUCCCAGUAUAUCGUAACUGCCUCUUCGGAUAACCUGGCUCGUCUGUGGUGCGUAGAGACAGGGGAGAUCAAGCGGGAGUACAGCGGACACCAGAAGGCCGUGGUCUGUCUGGCCUUUAAUGACAGCGUGCUCGGCUGAAGAAAACGAGGAGGAGGAGGAGGAAGAGGAUAACAACAAAGAGGGAACAAGGACAGAAAAGCAAUGGACUCUUAUGGGAAUUAUCUCCAAAUGUUCCCAGAUAUGAUCUCCUUGAGAGAGUGGAGGCUUGUGUUUGAACAUCACGAUGAAUCCCAGCUGGGUUCCAAGUUUUCCACAGUGCUCUUUCUUACCAAAUGCCCAUAAGUCUUUAACAAAUGUAAAUUCAUAGAGUUCAAAUCCAUCAAGCAGACCAUUUUGCAGGAAUUUCAAGCGUACGUACGGGAACACUUCUGUACCAACAGGGUGGAAAAUGGUAAGUCUGAUUAAAACACACAAUAUGUUAGCGUAAAUCAGCCACACUCUGUUUUUAAACCUCACUACUCAGAGAUGUUUUAACGGUGCACCAUAUUUAUGUUGUAAAAAGGACCAGAACUUCAUUCAAAGAUAACUACCAUUUUUAAUGUGGAUGAGGAGAUCUCAAGGAAAGAUGUUGUACAGGAAAUGAUUCUGCAGUAAAGGAUGUCGUUCAAAGGA